AUGAGUAACAACGAUCAAAGAGACGAGUCUCCGGUUCGGUAUGAAAUUGUGAGAGUAAAUGGACGAGAGGUGGCAAUCAAGGCUCCAAGAGUGGUGGGAAACAGAGACUACUGGUAUCUGAAGUACCCUGAGCCACUGCAGAACGACUCGCCAUACCUUCCAGUGAGGUCGGCAUAUCCUCCCCCCUUCACAGCAGAGUUGCCAGGACAGGUGGGCAACUGGAGUUUACCUACUGUUCCGAUGACCUUAGGAGAAAUCAGAGAAACGUACAUGCCAGAAGCUCCCAGACGUCAGCGUCGAGGCAAUUUUACAUCGGAAAUUUCUGCGCCCAGGAUCAAGCUCUCUAGGCUUCUUACAACCCCCGGAGAUCCAAACGCUGGUCCACAACUUCAGGACGCCAACCAGGUUUUUCAAACUGCCGAUACGGGUUCUCCGGGGACACAUCCCCAGUUAAAUACAGGUGCUCAGAUACAGCAGCCAAAUCCGUCGUUGCGCCGCGGAAGCGCACCCGCUAUAGGGGACUUUACUCCGGUUUAUAACACAAUUUGGAGUCCAACGGAGAACCUUGGUGCUCCCCCUGGAACAUUUGCAAUGCAGCCAAGCAGCUCUGGCACAUUUGAAACAUACUCGUCGCCUAUGAUACCACACCACCAAAGCCCUGCACAGAAUGCUUUCAAUUACUCCAACACACCCUCUUCUAGCCAGAACUUCGCACCGAUGAACCAGAUGAUGACUGCUUCUCCCGGAGGCGUGGCUGGACCCGGAGGCGUUGCAUAUUCUCCGGAAGGGGCUGAAAAUGAUGGAUAUGAAAGCAACACGCCUACUAACAGCCCAGGCUACAGCGGAUGCACAUUUGAAACAUACUCGUCGCCUAUGAUACCACACAACCAAAGCCCUGCACAGAAUGCCUUCAAUUACUCCAACGCUCCCUCUUCUAGCCAGAACUUCGGACAAGUGAACCAGAUGAUGGCUGCUUCUCCAGGAAGCAUGACUGGAUCCGGAGGCGUUGCUUAUUCUCCGGAAGUGGCUGAAAAUGAUGGAUAUGAAAGCAACACGCCUACUAACAGCCCAGGCUACAGCGGAUGCACAUUUGAAACAUACUCGUCGCCUAUGAUACCACACAACCAAAGCCCUGCACAGAAUGCCUUCAAUUACUCCAACGCUCCCUCUUCUAGCCAGAACUUCGGACAAGUGAACCAGAUGAUGGCUGCUUCUCCAGGAAGCAUGACUGGAUCCGGAGGCGUUGCUUAUUCUCCGGAAGUGGCUGAAAAUGAUGGAUAUGAAAGCAACACGCCUACUAACAGCCCAGGCUACAGCGGAUGGCAAUAG